CCUUUGUGAUAAACACUACCACUAGCAACUCCACCACCAGCAUGCCAUUAUAAAAAGCCACAUAGAAAAAGUUUGGCCUCCAAGAACCCUUUCCUUCACUUCACACCCAAAUUCACAACCAAAUUCAUUCAUUCAUUAAUUCUCAGAUUCUAGCAGAGCAAGAACUCCGGUGGUGAUUCGAAAGAUGUGGCGUGGGCUGGCAACAAUGAGGCAAAAUCUCCAGAACAUAAGGAAGAGCCCCAGAGUAGCAGAUGAGAGCAUGGUGAUUGGAGGUGGGAACCUAGCAGAACUGCCAAUUUUUGCAGGACAUGGUCAUCAACAUCAAAUGGAUAGAAGAUCUUCAUCGCGGGUACGUUGGAUUAAGGGGUUUUCGGUGUUGUACAGUGUUGUGCUUGUGCCAUUUUCUGCUCUCUCUUGCUUUUCUCAACCUCAUGUUCAUGGUGCUGAUGGGGUCUGGGCAUCUGGUGAAUUUGCCCAGAUAACAGAGAUGAAUCACCUCAUGGUAAGUGACAGCAUGCGCUAUGCCAUCUUGAUGUGAAAAAAUAAAAAAGAAGAAGAAGAAAAUCAAUUUAAGUUAAUUAUAACAAUUGUAGCAGAUCUUGUUUUUGCAGCAGUGUACUAAUUUGCAUGGAUGGCAAAAGAGAGCCAACUUUUAGAUGGUGAUCCGUGUAAAAAUGUUUCCCAUAAUUUUAUCAAUGAUAUGUUGGUGAAGUAAUACUAUAUAUGUUAUA